AAAUUAUAAAAUUAAAAAGAUAUUUUAUAAAAUUAAAAAAUAAAAUAAAAUUUUAUAUAAAAUUAAAAAAUUAAAUAUAUAUUUUAAUCGAUAAAUAUAUAGAUGGUUGGCCGAAUGUCUUAUUUUGUCUUUCCACGUCAUUUUUAAAUAGUAAUUUUUCCUUCGCAAGAGCUCGCCGUUACCGGUGGGGGAGGCGCUGUCCUUUUCUUCUUUCUUUUUUUCUUUUCUUCUCUUCUCUUCUCUCGAAAGAGAGGAGGCACCAUAACUGCGUUUUGCUACUUACAUAUACGACGCAUGUAAUAGACAUAUCGAAGAGUCAUCCAUCACAUCAGAUAUAGAUCCCAGGGCAUCUCUGAACACCCGGAAUGAAUUCUCACCCUUCCGUCCGACGAAUUUCAGAAUGCUUCAUCAAGCCACCCCUUCCUCUCAAUCAUCCUGACCGCAUCAUCUGCUAUUUAAGCCCCUUGGAUCUUGCUAUGUUGUCUGCUCACUACAUCCAGAAAGGCCUCCUCUUCCUCAAGCCUUCUCCUCCUAAUCAUCCCCAUUUCAUCGAUACUCUUCUCCGCCGCCUCAAGCACUCCCUUUCUCUCUCCGUCCUCCAUUUCUAUCCCCUUGCCGGCCGUCUAGUGACCACGCCUCUUCCCUCCUACUCCGUCUUCGUCGAUUGCCACAACAGCCAGGGAGCAAAAUUUAUCUGCGCCACUCUUGACAUGACCGUCUCCGACAUCCUCUACCCCGUCGAUGUCCCCUCCGUUGUCCAGUCCUUCUUUGACCAUGACAGGGCGGUCAACCACGACGGUCACACCUUACCUUUGCUGUCCGUUCAGGUCACCGAAUUGAUAGACGGCGUUUUCAUCGGCUGUUCCAUGAACCAUUGCCUCGCCGACGGCACUUCCUAUUGGAGAUUCUUCAAAGCGUGGGCCGAAAUCUUUGGAGCACUGGAAGGUGAUAGAUACAACAACGGCGAUGAUGUUUGUAUUCCCAUCUCACACCCGCCGAUUCACAAUCGCUGGUUCCCAGAGGGCUGUGGUCCCCUCAUCAAUCUUCCCUUCAGACAUCACGACGAGUUCAUAAGCAGAUUCGAAGCACCGCGUCUGAGAGAGAGAAUAUUCCAUUUCACGGCAGAGUCUAUUGCGAAACUGAAAGCAAAGGCCAACCAAGAGUCCAACACCACCAAGAUAUCGUCCUUCCAAUCAUUAUCGGCACUCGUAUGGAGGUGCAUAACAAGGGCGCGGAGUCUCCCCAGUGAUCAGAGAACAAGCUGUAAGUUGGCGGCAAAUAACAGAUCAAGAAUGGACCCUCCUCUUCCGGAGGAGUACUUCGGGAACUCGAUCCACGCGGUAACAGCAGAAACGACGUCGGGGGAGUUGCUAGAGCACGGCCUUGGAUGGGCGGCGUGGAAGAUACAUGUGGCCGUUGCGAACCACGACGACAAAAUAGUGCGUGAGUUUGUGACGAAGUGGUUGGAGAGUCCGAUGGUGUAUCAACUGGGUCGGUUCGUUGACCCGUACGGUGUGAUGAUGGGGAGCUCACCAAGAUUCGACAUGUAUGGGAAUGAAUUCGGAAUGGGAAAAGCGUUGGGUGUUCGAAGUGGGUAUGCAAACAAGUUUAAUGGCAAAGUGACGUCGUAUCCUGGUCGUGAAGGAGGGGGAAGCGUAGACCUGGAAAUCUGUCUUCCCCCGGAGUUGAUGACCGCUCUCGAAUCCGAUCACGAAUUCAUGAAUUCUCUGUAAAAUGUUUAUUGGGAUCCAAAUAAGGAAUCAAAUCGACGGAUUAAAAUAAUAUUUUUUGACAAUUUAAAUUUA